GAUUUUGACAGCUAUUAAUUCUAAAAGCAAAUAUAUUUUAUUCGGAAAGUAUUACUAUUAUUUGCGAUAAAACCUUAAUUAAGCACAAUUUACUUUAAUUUUUACCAUUAAAUUAGGUCAAUUAUAUAAGAAUGGCCUUUUCGAUGUUUUUCCGUGCACCAGCCUGCACAGGUAGAGUUUUCUCCCAACAAAUAAUGAGGCUAGCAACUAAACCAGUAGAGACACAAAGGAUGCUUUCAAGUAUUAUGCCUUUACAAACUUCUUUUCGCAAGUCUGAUACCACACCUAUUUUAAAUGCAGUAAGGUCAUUUAGAACUUCGCCAGCUUUAUUACAUGGAGAAAAAGCUCAUGACCACUCAAAAUUGUGGGUAAUUGAGAAGGUUACAUCAGCUGCACUAGUCCCGUUGAUCCCAAUAUGCCUCAUGAUUCCGAAUAAACUAUUUGACUCUGUUUUGGCAAUUUUAAUAACAGCUCAUAGUUUUUGGGGCUUGGAAGCAAUAGCAGUAGAUUAUGUCCGCGCGUCAAUCUUUGGCCCAAUUAUACCCAAAAUUGCCAUCGCACUUGUCUACCUUAUUUCUAUAGCAACAUUGGGAGGAUUGUUUUACCUCAUAUCCAACGAUGUGGGUAUGUCCAACGCCAUUCGACAACUAUGGGGUGUGAAAUCUAAACAAAAUGCGUAAAUGAUCGAUCAAAUUGUAGCAACAAAAAUGGUACUCAUGCAAGAAAACAACAGCAAUGUGCUUUGAAAUACCAUUUGCAUUAUUAAAUACCGAGCAAGUUCGCUAUCGAUUAUUGAAUUAUGUUGAAAUGUUUUAAACACCACUUUGGUUGUAAAUUAGUGACAAUUCGUAUUUGGUCUGUACUUAAUGAAAUUUUAAAAAAUAUUUUUAUCAUUUGAAUGUUUUACUUUGGUAUUAUAUGCAGACUAAACAAAUUAUACAGUUGACUUGUUUUGUAUCGACUUUUAAUUUAUUUUAGUAGAAAUAAAAUGUAUUGUUAAU